CAUAGAGGUGUAUGGCUGUAGGCUGGUGGAGGUGUUUGCUUACUUGUGGAAACUUUUAGCGGAAGUUUCAAUUCAUUGUAGAUACCACAGACGACGUAUAUAGUGAUGUAGAUGCCAAAGCGUUUCCCACGUAACAAAAGUUCUGAUGCUGCCUAGACCUGCGCGCACUUCAUUAGGCUAUGAAUGAGCGUUGUUGAGCAAGACCAUAUAUGAUAUUGACAGCAUCUUUAGGUCAUUAUAUGCAUAUUCGAAUAGGCUGCGCCGGUCGGCGAGGUGACAAGCAAAGGACAUACUGAAGUUACAUUUUGGAUGCAGAUGCGCGUGGAUUGCAGGUGUUGUAUUGCCUAUUUCCAACUCCUUGGAAUAUCCGUCAAUGAUUUAACACAAUUUAAAGCUGAUAAAUAAGAUCAUGGGGGGAGAUCAACUCGAUGCCAACGUAAGCUGGAAUUACAUGCACAACGACUCAACCAAAAUGUGGAGCGACAACGCAUUCACAGCGCCUGUCAUGGUCAUUCUUUUGACGAUGAUGGUAAUUUUGGUGGUUGUGAUAGUUUUGGGAAACGCUUUGGUCAUUUUCGCCUUUAAAGUAGACAAGAGUCUGAGGAGGCAAAGCAACUAUUACUUCCUGAAUCUCGCCAUAUCGGAUUUUCUUGUUGGGGCAUUCUGCAUUCCAGUGUACAUCCCAUACAUCCUGACAGGGAGAUGGAUGUUGGGCAGAGGACUGUGCAAACUGUGGCUGGUCAUGGACUACUUGCUCUGUACUGCCUCUGUCUUCAAUAUUGUCCUGAUCAGCUAUGACCGCUUCCUCUCUGUCACCAGAGCGGUGAGCUACCGUGCCAGACAGGGCAUGACCCACCAAGCCAUCAUGAAGAUGAUAGCAGUCUGGGUCCUGGCCUUUGUCCUCUAUGGCCCUGCCAUCAUCUUCUGGGAGCUGGUGGUGGGGAAGAGCCGUGUCCCGGAGGAUGAGUGCUACGCUGAGUUCUACUACACCUGGUACUUCCUCCUCAGUGCCUCCAUGUUGGAGUUCUUCUCCCCCUUAAUCUCCGUAACCUUCUUCAACCUCAGCAUCUACCUCAACAUACGUCGGAGGAGGCUCCGGAACAGAGAUGAGACGAGUGGACAGGCCCACGCGCCUGAUGGACAGCCCCCUCCCCUGGGGAGAGGGGAAUGCCUCCGCCUCACUUCCCUCUUUUCCCGGAACUCGGUAGUGGUUAAGAAGCUGUCUAGCACUGUGUCGGUCCAGGAGAGGGGAUCAGGUUCGGGGUCCUUCCACUCCCAGAUCUUACAUCCCCCCUUGGAGCGGCAGGACACCUCCACUAGGGGCACACAGCGCAGCUGCCUGUCAAGGGACAAGAAGAUUGCCAAGUCGCUGGCUGUCAUCGUGUGUGUGUUUGCUGUGUGCUGGGCGCCCUACACCCUCCUGAUGAUCAUCAGAGCCGCCUGUAAGGGACGCUGCGUCCAGCACCACUGGUAUGAGGUCACCUUCUGGCUGCUGUGGCUCAACUCGGCCAUUAACCCUUUCCUCUACCCGCUCUGUCACAGCAGCUUCCGCAGGGCCUUCGGCAGGAUCCUGUGUCCCAGACGAAGGGCAACUCAGCUGGCCACCAACUGACCUGCAGAAUGGCCAAUCACUUAAGGGCCUCUACUGUAUCAUGUGAUGGAUAGGCCAGUAGCCAGAGAGGUGGUGACACACACAUGAAUCACUUUACUGUACAUAGACCCAAAGGAGAUAAUAAAGACUAAAACUGAUACUUUAGCAAUGAACAUUUUUUAAUGGAACAAAACAGAUUGUCUUACAUGUGAUAGGCCAGUGGCCAGAGAAGUGGGGUGAAUCUCGAAAGCCGAAAUGACUCAAAGGUGAUACUACCCACUGGCACAAAAUGGUUGAAUCAACGUUGUUUCAACGUAAUUUGUCAACGUCUUGUGACGUGAAAUCUAGGUGGAAAAUACAAAAAGUCAUCAACUGUUGUUUUGCGGGUGAAAUUUCUACCACAGGAUUAUGUCGUCAUGGUAACCAAAUUUCAACAUAGACAAACCUUGUAUAAAAUAUAUACCUUUAAAACAUCUUUAAAAGAUCUUCAAUGUCAUAUCCACUACCAAAAUAAGAAAAAAAACAAUAGACUGGGCACCACCUCCUACUGGAGAAUGUAUUUCUGUACAGAUUCCCUUUAGUCUUCUACCCAAGUUUUUAACCAAGCCUAGCCCUGCUUAGCUAUGAUAUUUGUCACUGACUUACCAGUGCGAUAUCAUGAGAAUGAUUUUUGCGAGUUCUCCACUUAAUAACGAUAUAGAUUCGCUGUUGCUUUCAAAGUCAUUCCAAAAGGGUAGGUUUAACGUAGCAAAUGAAAAGAGACCAUACUUUAUCAUUCAUGUACUGUAUCAUCAAUGAUGCUAUUUAGGCCUAUAUACAGUAGACUCUGUAAAGUCAUCAACAGGUAUUGUUUCAGUUCAUCAGGCCUAGGCUUUCAAACUCUGGUUGAUUUGAAAUGGAAUGAUAUGUAGUGAUAUUGAAUUGUUUGGUUGUCAACGCAACCAGAGAUCAACAUUUGAAGGAGUUGUAUCUUCUUUAUGACUAUGUUCCGUCUGUGCCACUGACUUAAUUAAUCAUUUCUAUGUUUGAUUCACGUCUCAAACUCAACCAAAAAUCAAAGUUAAGGAAUAGGAUGGAGAUGGAGACGUGAAUCUAACAUCAUUUGUAGAAUAACUGGAAUUGAAGCCAGACUUAAGUCAGUCGUACAGUUGGAACUUUGUAUUUUGUAUUUAUUAAGGAUCACCAUUAGCUGCCUCCAUCCAGGGCAGCAGCUACUC